AAGACCAUCCAACUGAGCUAUGGGCUCUAGUUUUUCUUGUAUGAUGCAAAAGUUUGUGUUUAUCAAUUCAUGUAUAUUAUCUUUGUUUCUGUUUUAUAUUUGCUACCUGAAUAAUCUGAAUUCGGGUCUUUCCGUAUUCUAGGAGAUGGAGAUAGGAAAUUCGAAUGAUGAUAUACUGACUGAAAUCUUAUCACGACUGCCCACCGAAAAUCUACUUGGACUAAAAUCUGUGUCUAAAGGGUGGUAUCGCCUUAUAUCUGACCUCUCUUUCAUCCGUACUCAGUUAGAAAGAUCACAAGCCAUAUCCGGAUUCUUCUUCCAGGAGAGGUUUCAUUGGUGUGAUGAAGAUAUUGCCUCUUCGAGCUACCUUCCUGUUGGAAUGGAACAAACUGUUUUGCAAAACACUAUCUUGGAUUUCCUCCCAGAGAAGGUAGUCCUUAAAUCUUCAUCUAAUGGGCUUAUUUGUUGCCGAAGUUGCUUCCCUGCUGAAGAUCCGGUGAUCUAUGUCUGUAACCCUUCCAUCAAGGAAUGGGUCAAACUAAACUGGGCAAAACCAGACAAAAAAGACAGCCUUGCAUUAUCCUUCAAUCCUCUUAGCCAUCCAGUUGAUAUUUGCAAAGAAUUCAAAGUUGUUAGCAUCCAUCAAACAGAAACAGAAACAGAUUCAUGCUUGUCAUUUGAAAUCUAUUCUUCUGAGACUAGAGCAUGGAAAAGCUUGGAGGUGGCAUUUGAAUGCUGUUAUAAUUUGAUCAAGAACCAUGGAAUUAUCGCUUCCGGUUUCUUGCAUUGGUUGACUGAUGGGGAUCACAUCCUUGCCUUCAACAUAGAAAAGGAGCAGGUCCAACUGAUCGAACUACCAUCUCCUACAGUGCCAUGUAAAGACUUACCUGAGAUGUGCAUCGGGGAGUCUGGAGGAUAUCUACAUUUCGUCCGAAUCUCCAUGGCUGGACUUCAAAUCUGGUACCUUGAAAAUUAUGCUGAGCCUGGAUGGGUGCUUAAAUGCUCCAUACAACUAGAUGAUUUGGAGAGAGAAAAUCCACAAUUCCUCUACAAGGUCUCAGUGAAACUGGCUCGUCGAAUAACAAUAGAUGAGAUUUCAUGGAUGGAUCCUUUGGCAUUCCAAGGUGACCUCUUGUUUAUGAGGGUAUCUGCCAAGGUCUACCUGUAUCACAUUGAGACAAGGAAGAUGAAGGAACUCUGCCCCCUUGCAGAUUUGGGACGCAACUCUCUUGUUUUCCCUACAGUGCUUCCAUAUAGCAUGAGCCUAGUUUCAUUGGGACAUCAUUAAGAAGUCCUGUAAGCAUUUUUU